AUGAUUGUGGUUGGAGGGGUGUUUUGGUUGGAGUGGGGGGGGGUUUUGUGGGGUGGGUUUGGUGUGGGGUGGGGUGGGGGGGUGUGGGAGUUUGGGUGGGUUGGUAGGGGUGUGGGGUGUUUGUGUUGGUUGGAGUUUGUGUGGGUGUUUGAAGUAGGGGUAAUUUUGGUGUGUUUGUUGGUUUGUUUUGUGGUGGGUUUUGUUGGGGGGUGGGUUUGGUGUUGGGGUUGUGGUUGUUUGGUGUGGGUUUUGGUGUGUGGGUUUGGUGGUGGGGUUUGUGGGUGGGGUUGGUGGUGGUUUGUGGUGGGGUUUGUGUGGGGUUUGGUGUUGGUUUUUGGUGGUGAGGGGGUUUGGUGGGUGGGGUUGGUGUGUUUGUGUUGUGGGGUUUGGUGUGGGGGGUGGGUGGGGGGGGGGGGGGGGUGUGGGGUGUUGGGGUGGGGGUGGGGUGGGGUUUGUUUUGGGGUGGUUGGGGGGGGUGGGUGGGUGGUGGGGGGGUGUGGGGGUUGGGUGUGUGUUGGUGGGUGGUGGGGUGUGGUGGGGGGGGGUGUGGGGGUUGUGUGUGUGUGGGGGGGUUGUGUUGUUGUUGGGGUUGAUUUGUUUUUUGGGUUGGGGGGGGUUUGGUGUUGGGGUGGUUGGGUUGUUGGUUGGGGGGGGUGGUUUGGUUGUUGGUUGUGGUGGUGGGUGGUUGUGGGGGGGGUUGGGGUGGGGUUGUGGGGGGGGGUUUGUGGUGUGGUGGGGGGUUGUGGGGUGGGGGGUAGUUUUUGGGGGGGGGGGGGGGGUGUGUUGGGGUUUGGGGGGGGGUUUUGGGGGGGUUGGUUGGUGUGUUGGGGGGGGGGUGGUGUGGGUUGGGUGGGGGGUGGGGGGGGGGGGUGUUGGGGGGUGUGGUGUUGGGGGGGUUGUGGUUGGGGGGGUUUUGGGGGGGUGGGUUGUGGGUGGUUUGGGGUGUUGUGUGAGUUGGGUUGUGUGUGGUUUGGGUGUUGGGUUGUGUGGUGUGGGUUGGUGGGUUUUUGUUUGUGGGUGGGGUGUGUGGUGUUUGUGUUUUGUUUGUUGGGGGUGGUUUGGUGUUUGGGGUGGUGUGGUGUUGUUUUUGGUUAUGUGUUGUUAGGUGUGGGGGUGUUGGGGUGGGGAGGGGUUGUGGUGGGGUUUUUGGGUUGGGUUUGUUGGUGUGUGUUUGGGUGGGUGGGGGGGGGGGGGUGGUUGUUUUGUUUUGGAUUUGGUGGGGGGGGUGGGGGGGGGGGGGGUGUGGGGGGGGUGGGGGGGUGGUGUGGUGGGUUGGGUGGGUGUUUUGGGGUGGGUGGUUUGGUUGGUUUGUGGGGUGGGGGUUGGGGUGUGGUUUUGGGGUUGUGGUGGGGUGGGGGGGUUUUGGGGGGGUUUGUUUUGGGGUGUUGUGUGGGGGGUGUGGGUGGGGUUUGGGGUUGGGGUGGGUGUUUUGUUGUGGUUGGGGUGGGGGGGUUGGUGGGGGGGUUGGGGGGUGUGGGGGGUUUGUUGGGGGUUGGUGUGGUUGUGUGGUGUGGUGUGGGGUGGUUGAUUGAUUGGUGGUGGUGUGGGGUGGGGGUGGGGUGGUUGGAUGGUUGGGUGUGGGGUUGGGUGGUGGGGGGUGUGGUUGGUUUUGGAGUUGUGGGGGGGUUGUUUUGGUGGGUGGGUGGGGGGUUGUGGGGGGGGAUGGGGGUGGGUGGUGGUUGUGUGGUUGGUGUGGUUGUGUGUGUGGUUGGUGUUGGGUGGGGUGGGGGUUUGGUGGGGUGUUGUGUGGGGGUGGGUGGGUGGUGUGGGGGUGGUGGUUGUGGUUGGGGUGGGGGUUGUGGUUUGGUUUGGGUGGGGUUUGGGGGGUGGGGUGGGUGUUGUGGUAGUUGUGUGGUGUGUUGGGUGGUGGUGUUGUUUGUUGUGGGGAGUUUGGUGGGGGUGGGGGUGUUGGGUGUUGGGGGGGGGAUUGUUGGGUGGGGGGGGUUUGUUUUUUGGGUGUGUUUUGUGGGGGGGUGUGGUGGGGUGUUGGGGUGGGUGGUUGUUGGUGGGGUGGGGGGGGUGUGGUGUUUGUUUUGUUUGUUUUGGUUUGUUGUGUGGGGGUUUGGGUUGGUGGUGUGUAAGAGGUUGUGUGGUGGUGUGUUGGGGGGGGGGGGGGUUUUGGGGGUGGUGGGUUGUUGGUUUUGGUGUGUAGGUUUGGUUUGGGGGGGGGUGUGGUGGGGUUUGGGGUUUUUGGGGGUGGUGUUAGUUGUGGGGUUGUUGUUUGGGUUGGGUGGUGGGGUUGUGUUGGGUGGUGGGUUUGGUGGUGUGUGUGGUGGUGGGGGGUGGUGGGGGUUUUGUGGUUGUUGGGUGGGUGUGGUGGGGGGUUGUGGGUGUGGUGGGGUUUGUGUGGUUUGGGGUUGUGGGGGGGGGUUGGUGGGGGGUGUUUUUUGUGGGGUGGGGGGGGGGGGGGGGGGGGGGGUGUUGGUGGGGGGUGGGUUGUGUUGGGUUUGUGGGGGGGUUGGGUGUGGGGGGGGGGGGGGUGGGGGGUUGGGGUGUGGGGGUGGUUGGGUGGUUGUUGUGGGUGGGUGGGUGGGUGGUGGGUGGUUGGUGUGGUUUGUGUGGGGUGGGGGUUUGUUAUUUUGUUUGUGGGGGGGUUGGUGGGUGGGGGGGGUGUGUGGGGGGGGGGAGUGUGUGGGGUUUGUGGUGUGGGGUGGGGGUGUGGGGGUGGUUGGGUGUGGGGGGGGGGGGGGGGGGGGGGGGUGGGGUAGUUGGUGUGGGUGGUUGGGUGUGUGGUUGGGGGGGGGUGGGGGGGGGGUGGGGGGUUGUGUUUGUGGGGUUGGGGGGUUGUUGGGGUGGGGGGUGGGGGGUGGGUGUUUGUGGUGUUGGGGGGGGUUGGGGGGGGGGGGGGGGUGUGUGUGGGUGGGUGGGGGUGUUGUGUUUUGGGUGUUUAGUGUGUGGGUGUGGGGGGUGUGUUUGGUUGGGGUUUGGGUUUUUUUGUGUGUUGGGGGGGUUGUGUUUUUUUUUUGUUGGGUGGGGGGUUUGGUUGUGGUUUGUUUUUGUUUGGGGGGUUGGUUGGGUUUGUGGUGGGUGUUUUGGUGUGUGGGUUUGGUGGUGGGGUUUGUGGGGGGUGGUGUGUGUGGUGGGUGGGGUGUUUGUGGUUGUUUAUGUUUUGGGGUGUGGUUUUUGUGUUUUGGUGGGGGGUGUGUGUUUGUUAUUUGGGUGUGGUUGGGGGGGGUGGUGGGGGGGGGGGGUUGGGGGGGGUUGGGGGGUGGGGGGUGGGGGUGGGGGUUGGUUGGGGUGUUGUUGGGUUGUUGGGGUGUGUGGGGGGGUGAUGGGAUGUUGGGUGGGGGGGGGGUGUGGUUGGGGGGUGGUUGGGGGGGUGGUUGUGGUGUGUGGGUGGAUGGGGGGGUUGUGUUGUUUGGUUGGUGGUUGUGUUGUGGGUUAUGUUUGAGUUUGUGUGGUUGGUGUUGUUGUGGUUGGGUGUUGUUAGUGUUGGGGGGGGGGUGGGUUGGUUUGGGGGGGUGGGGGUGGUGUGGAGGGGGUUUGGUGGGGUGGGGUGUGUGUUGUGGGGGGGGGUGGGGUGGGUGGUGGGGUGGGUUUGGGGGUUUUAGGUUGUGUUGGGUUGGGUGUUUGGGGUUUGUUUGGUUUGUUGUUGGGGGUAGGGUGGGUUUUUUUUGUUUUUGGGGUGUGGAGAGUGUGAGGGUGUGUGUGUGUGGUGUGUGUGUGUUUGUUGGGUGUGUGUGUGUGGGUGUGGUAUGUGUGGUUGUGUUUGGUGUGGUUUGUUGUUGUGUGUGUGUGGUUGUGUGUGGUUUGAGGUUGUGUGUGUGUGUGUGUGGUGUUGUUGGUGUUUUGUGGAGUGUGUGGUGUGUGGGUGUGUGUUGGUGUGUGUGGGUGUGUGUGGUUGUGAGGUGUGUGUGGGUGUGUGUGUGUGUUGUGGUGUUGUUGUUGUGUGAUGGUGUGUGUGGUUGGUGUGUGUGUGUGGUUGUGUGGUUUGGUUGGGUGUUGUUGUUUGUGGUUGUGGAUGGGGAUUUGUUUGUUUUUGGGUUUGGGUUGGGGUGUUGGGGGGUUUUGGUUGGUGGGGGUUUGGGUGGGGUGGGUGUGGGUGGGGUUGGGUGGUUGGUUGGGGGGUUGGGGGGGGGGGAGGUGGAGGGGGUGGUGUGUGGGGUGGGUGGUUUGUGUGGGGUGGUGUGGUGUUGGGGGUUGUUUGGGUGGGGGGAGUGGGUGGUGGGGGGUGGGGUUUGUGGGGGGUUGGGGGGGGUUGUGGGGGGGGUGUGGGGGGUGUGUGGGUUGGUGUGUUUAGUGGUGGGGGUAGUUGGUUGGGUUGGUAUUGAUGAUUGGGGGUAUUGGUAUUUGUGGGGUUGUUGGGGUGGGGUGUGGGGGGGGUAUGGGUGGUUGGGGUGGGGUUGGUUUGGGGUGUUGAUUUGGUUUGGGUGGUGGGGAUUGAGUGUGGGGUUUUGUUGGGUUUUGUGUGAUGGUGGGUGGAUUGGUGAGGGGGAUGGAUAUUUGGGGGGGGGGGUGGGGUUGGGUUGUGUGGGUGUGGGUGGGGGGGGGUGUUGGGUUGGGUGGGGUGGGUGGGGGGGGGGGUGGUGUUGUGUUUGUUUUGGUGUGUGGGGUUUGGGGGGGUUGUGUGGUUGGGGUGUUUGUGAUGGGGUGUGGGGUUUGAUUGGUUGGAUGGUGGUUUUGUGGAGGAUGGGGGUUUUGGGUGGUUGUGGUGUUUGUGUUGGUUUGUGUGGGGGGGGUGGUUGUGUUGGGUUUAUUGGUGUUGGGGGGUUGUGUGGGGUGGUGUUUGGGGGGGGGUUUGGGUGGUGUUUGGUAGUUGGGGGUUGUGGUGUGGGGUGUUUGGGUUUUGGGUGGUGGGGUGGGUGUGUGGUGUUUUGGUUUGGGGGGUGUGUGGGUGGUUGGUUGGGUGGUGUGAUGUGGGGGGGGGGGUUUUUGGGUGGUGGGGGGGGUGUUGUUGGGUUUUUUUGUGGUAGGUUGUGUGUGUGUUGGGGUGUGUUGUGUUGUUGUUGUGGUGGGGUGGGGGGGGUUGGGGUGGGUGUGGUUGUGGUGGGGGGUGGUGUUGUGUGGGGUGUUUGUUGGUUGGUUUGUUUGUGUUUGGGUUGUGGGGUUGGGGGUGGUGGGUUGUUUUGUGUGUUGGGGUGGUGGGGGGGGGUUUGUUGUGGUGAUGUGGGGGGUGUGGGUGUGGGUGGUGUGUAUGUGGUUUGUUUGUUGGGUGAGUGUUGUUGUGUUUUGUGGUUGGUUUUGGUUUGUUUGGGGGGGGGUGUGGGGGGGAGGGUUUGGGGGGGUUGGUGUGGGUGGGGGUGGGUGUGGGGGUGUGGGGUUGGGGGGUGGGUGGGGGGGGUUGUUGGUUUUUUGGUGUUGGGGUGGGGUUGGAGGAGUUGGUUUUGGGUAAUUGGUUGGGGUUGUAGGGUGUGGGGGGUGGAUUGGGGGGGGUGGGGGGGGUUGUGGGGGUGUUGUGGGGGGUGGGGUGUUGUGUGUUGGUUUGUGGUUGUUUUUGUUGGGGGGGUUUAUUUUUUUGUUUGUGGUGGGUGGUGUUUGGUUUGGGUUGGGUUGGGUGGAUUGUUUGUGAUUUGUUGA